GGUAAGCCACCCGCCUUGAAUGCCCAUCGGACGCCAUGUUGGAAUGGCUGGACUCAUCAUCCAAGGGCGGUGGGGUCAAGGUGAACCAGGUGUAUGACUCCGUGACCGCUGGGCUCCAGGGCUUCUACCGCAGCAAGCUCUUGCCCAUUGAGAAGGAUCACCUUUUCCACCAGUUCUAUUCCCCAGAGCUGACCGAUGCGGAUUUCGCCUCCGCACCCAUGAUUCUUCUUAUGGGCCAAUAUUCCACAGGCAAAACCACAUUCAUCCGCCACCUGCUUCAGCGGGAUUAUCCCGGCAUGCGAAUCGGGCCGGAGCCAACCACCGACCGCUUUGUUUGCGUUUUACAUGGAGCAUCGGACUCAACGAUCCCUGGCAAUGCUCUGGUGGUGGACACUGAGCUGCCAUUCACGCAGCUGAGUCACUUCGGCAAUGCCUUCCUCAGCAGAUUGGAAGCCUCGCGUCUUGCGAGCCCAGUGCUUGAGGGGUUGACUCUGAUCGACACCCCCGGCGUCCUGUCCGGGGAGAAGCAGCGCAUCAAGAGGGGCUACGAGUUCGAAGCAGUGGUGAAGUGGUUUGCCGACCGAGUUGACAUGAUUCUUCUACUGUUCGAUGUCUCAAAGUUAGACAUCAGUGACGAGUUCAGGAGAGUGAUUCAGGCGACCAAGGGCAACGACCACAAGAUCUGUAUCCUGCUAAACAAAGCUGACAAUGUGACCACGCAGCAGCUCAUGCGCGUUUAUGGCGCCCUGAUGUGGUCCUUGGGCAAAGUGAUUGACACUCCGGAGGUGGCCCGCGUUUAUGUCGGAUCAUUCUGGGAUCAACCACUGAAGAACGAGAAGCUGCGCGAGCUUUUCGAGCAAGAGGAGAAUGAUUUGUACACCAAGAUUGCGCAGCUGCCACGCAGCGCAUCACUGAGAAAAGUCAACGACUUAAUCAAGCGAGCUCGCUUGGCAAAGGUUCAUGCGUUCUUGCUGGAUUACUUCUAUCAGCGGAUGCCCACGUUCUUUGGCCACGCCAAAGAACAAGAGCGCAUGAUACAAGACUUGCCAAACAUCUACCAAGAGAUCUCGAUGCAGAAGGGCAUUCCGUUGGGCGACUUCCCGGAUCCGCGGACGAUGCAGCAAAUCCUGGCGCCCAUGGACUUCUCCUCCUUCAAGCCGGUGGAUCCGGAGAAGCUCCAGGCGUUGGAGACAUUGCUGACAGUGGACCUCCCCAAGCUCCUGCAGCUGAUUCCUGAGGAGCAGAUGCGACAGGGCGUUAGUGAUGCGGCCAUCGCUCAGGUUGCGGGUAUGGCAUCUCCCUUUGCGGUGAUGAAAGUGGAUGGCAACACGGAGCAGUCGGGAUACAAGGGCCAGUGGCGGCGGCCUCCAGUUGUGGCCGACUUCGAGGCAGAGUUCGAGGAACUUGGCCCCAGAGACGGGAAGAUCAAUGCCCAGCAAGCCAGGCAGAAGAUGGUGGAGAGCCACCUGCCCUCCAACGUGCUGCACAACAUUUGGUCGCUCGCAGAUGUCGACAAGGAUGGCUUCUUCACCCUGCCGGAGUUUGCCCUGGCCAUGCACUUGGUGCGCAUGAAGCUGGACGGUCAGGAUUUGCCAUCUUCGUUGCCAGCAGAGAUGCUGCCUGAGGAGAUCACCGCUUAGUCGGCCCCCGCUUUCCCGACGACGACCAGAGCGAGCGGAGCGGAGCCGCGAGCUGGGCGACCUCGCAGGACAAGAGCCGCACCUGGCGGAGCUGGAUGA